AUGCCGAAUAUUCUCUUCGUCGCUCUCCAAUGUUUCGAAUGCUCAACGAUGCAGGUGAAGCAGAAGAAGAAAAGCAGCAACAAGUGGGUUUGUGUGAUUUGCAAUCAGAAGCAAUCGGUACGGAAAGUGUUCGCUCAGGGUUACAAGGCUAAGGAGCUUCGUUUCUUCGUUCAGUCAUUUAACAUGUCCCGGAAAGUUGCCGAUGAAAAGGAACAGACCGUCGCAGAUACAUAUUCGGAGUUUGACGACGAAGGAGAAGUUGAUGAGAAAGUUCCAGAUGUUCGCGGAAAGAAGAGAUCUGAUUGGAGUGAGUAUCUCGAUUCCGAUUCACAUAAUGAUCGGCGAAGUUUAAUUGGAGAGGAAGACGGCGAAGAAGAUCUGAAGAUUGUGACUGAGAUGCCGAACGAUAUGUUUAAAAGGCCUAAACUGAACAAACACUCUCCUGCUACUGCAUCAUCAUCGGUCACAGGGAACGGUGAAAGAAGCGGUGAUGAGCUCUUCAAGACUGCCUUCUCCGGACGCAGCAUCAAAAAGUCAGAUUUUCGUUUAGAUGGAGUAAUGCCGAAAAAGAAGGGUACAGACGAAAGAAGUCUAGAGUCAGGACGAUUUACUAAGCCGGCUUCGAAGUGGGACUCUUACUUGAUAGAUGAAGAUGAUCAUCACGCCUUGAAGGAUGAUGCUGUUUGCGAAUGGGACAGAGCAAUUAUGGAGAUAAGUUCGAGACAUCAGAUAGUUGACGACGAGGUACAUCCAGAUUUUAUAUGA